CGGAGCGGCUGAAAGGCGGAAGUGGAGGCCGGAGCCUGGGACACCGCCGGGGGGAGAGGAGCGAAGCCUGUCCGAGCCCCGGCCCUGAGUAACGCCGCCGCCCCGGAGCCGCCUUGGAGACCCCCUCACCACUAAGUGCCUCUUUGCAUAGCUCCGGCUCCCCGCCCCCACGCUCACUGGUACCACAACAGCGGGACGGGCCAUGGCGGGUCGGGGAGGUGCAGCACGACCCAACGGACCAGCCUCUGGGAACAAGAUCUGCCAAUUUAAGCUGGUCCUGCUGGGGGAAUCUGCGGUGGGCAAAUCCAGCCUUGUCCUCCGCUUUGUCAAGGGCCAAUUCCACGAGUACCAGGAGAGCACAAUUGGAGCGGCCUUCCUCACACAGACUGUCUGCUUGGACGACACAACAGUCAAGUUUGAGAUCUGGGACACAGCUGGACAGGAGCGGUAUCACAGUCUGGCCCCCAUGUAUUAUCGGGGGGCCCAGGCCGCCAUCGUGGUCUAUGACAUCACCAACACGGAUACAUUUGCACGGGCCAAGAACUGGGUAAAGGAGUUACAGAGGCAGGCCAGCCCCAACAUCGUCAUCGCACUUGCGGGCAACAAGGCGGACCUGGCCAGCAAGAGAGCCGUGGAAUUCCAGGAAGCACAAGCCUAUGCAGAUGACAACAGUUUGCUGUUCAUGGAAACAUCAGCAAAGACUGCAAUGAAUGUGAAUGAAAUUUUCAUGGCAAUAGCUAAGAAGCUUCCCAAGAACGAGCCCCAGAAUGCUGCUGGUGCUCCAGGCCGGAACCGAGGCGUGGACCUUCAGGAGAACAACCCAGCCAGCCGGAGCCAGUGCUGCAGCAACUGAGCCCCCCUUGCCUGCCCACUGCCCCCACCUCCUCCGCCUGUACGACCCGACUGGAAUCCACUCUAACCAAUCGCACUUAACGACUGGGCCACCGCUGAGGGGGCAGGGGGAGGGCUCCACCAUGAUUUCUCCAUAUGAUUUUGGUCAUAGGCCGGAGUGAGCUAUUCCACCUGCACCUUUCUGUACAAAUACUAAUUCAAUUUUAAGUCUUAAGUCACUUUUUUAAUAUAUAUGAUCUUCUGCUCUUCCCACUUCCUUCCCUUCCUACAGCUCCCCCACUUUUCCUUUGCUGGUAGUAGCCACAUGCUCCUGUGCCCCCCACCCUUGUAUAUGGGGGCAGGGGGCUGGAGCAGUUACCCUUCCUUUCCUUCUUGCUGAAUAGCAGACUCAGCAAGAGCAUCCACACCCUUUCCUUGUUUGGAGCGGGCUUCGUCUGAGGUGGCCGGCAAGGCCCUGGAGGCUAGGGAAUGAGAGCAAGCUCUUCCCGCAGCAGGCUGUCAUCAGGCUGCACCCCCCGCCCCCCCAGCUGGGAGAGAACCCACAACAUUACUACAGUUACUUAUCACACAUGUUAUUGUGACAGCCACGAACCCAUUGCCCACCCCCACCCCCUUGGUCACCCUGACCUCUGGCUCUGAGCCCUGUUCUGACCAAAUCACGAUGAGUAUUUGGGGGUGGGUGGGUAAGGGGGGGAGUGGGGGGGAUGGAACCAACUUUUUCUGUAUUUUGUAUUGUAUGUUUUCUUCAACAUGUAACCAAUCAGUAUCUUGUCAAUAUAGUCAGCCGAUCGAUCGA